UGUCCGAUGGGUCCCACACCCAGCAGGGGAUGAUUUCCACUCAGCAGAACUUCCUGAUUCAGCAGGGCCACCUCCAGAAGGGCUUCGUCGUCUGCCUCAACCAAUACACCUGCACGCCCGUCCGAGGCCGCCAGAUCAUCAUUAUAAUCUCAUUGGAUGUGCUAGUUAAUACAUGUGAAAUCAUUGGACAGCCUGCCACAUUUUCGAAUGCACAGUCCCCAGCUACAAUACCUGGAAAUGCCCAAUCUCUUAACAGCAGUGCUCGUGUGGCGGGUCAUGAAACUGUGACUGAGGCAACUCCCCAACAACCUAGAUUGAAUCAAUCGUAUGGUGGUUCUUAUUCUGGUGGUGCUGACCCAGGAAGAUAUGCUACAAUGAGUACAGUUCCCAAUCACCCUAGACCAGAGACUGGUUCUGGUUUUGCUGGGUUAGCACCAGUAAGUGGGUCAUAUGCUGGUCAGAACACAGGUUUACGCAGCCCCAUAUCCCAGGUUCCACCUCCACUUCAAAAUUCUUAUGCCCGCCCACCUCAGCCGACUUAUCAACAGUCACAAUUAAUUCAAUCAAAACUUGGAAACUAAUCGUCAGAUUCAUGAAUCCAAUCCCUCCAAUCUCGUUUGAAAUUAAACUCAGAAAUUAACCCACUAAGAGGCUGGUGAUGGUUUCGGUGGAGGAGAAGAAGGAGGAUGGAGAUGAUGAAUAGUAAAAUGACAAAAAUAUCCUUCAAAAUUUAACACCGUAGACGAUUUUACUGUUUCUAGGUAUGGAAAUUGGGUCGGGGCCAAAACAUCAGGUACCAUUGUGAUAUUUUUCAAAGUUUAGGUACGAAAAUUAAUAGUCUGGAAAAGUUCAGACACUGUUUGGACGAAUU